UUUACUACUACUACACUACUGCACCUCUCAAUCUUGGACCAGAAUGCUACAAAAAAACCUCAUCUUUUCCAGUUAUUUAUUUAUUUAUUUUUUUGCACAAACUAUGAGGGUUUUCAAACACAUUUCUUGAUUCAUACUUUGAUGUAAUAAUUAUAAAAAAAAUUAAAAAAAAGAAGGAAAUAGGAUGUUCAACAAGAACACAUACAUGAUUCCUCAUGGCUCUUCUCCAUCCACAUCUGUUCUUGAUGUCAACGUCAACGAAAUCUUGCUCCACCACCACGAUAUAUUCUCCGGCCAUUACUUGGCGGCAGCCGUCUGUCCGCCAGCCGACUCCGCCGCAGCAGCCUUGUUCAAUCAAGAUAUCGGUGAACAUUCGGGAACAAUCCAGAACAGCACUUGCCCGAGAACUCCGAAGAGAGACCGCCACAGCAAAAUCGACACCGCUCAAGGGCCGAGAGACCGGAGGGUGAGGCUCUCGAUAGGGGUGGCCCGCAAAUUCUUCGAUCUCCAAGAAAUGCUCGGUUUCGACAAACCUAGCAAAACCCUCGAUUGGCUCCUCACCAAAUCCAAAUCCUCCAUCAAAGACCUCGUCCACACCAAGCAGCAAAGUAAUAACCCUUCGACCGGAGGGGUUGUCUCCUCGCCCUCCGACGAAUGCGAUGCGGAAAAUGACGAAUACGGCCUCGAAACAGAAAAGGAUUCCAAGGGCAAAUCGGUCAUAACUAGUAGCAACAACAACAAAUUGCAUUGUAAAGGAGCUGGUUCGAAGGAUCCGGCGAAGGAAUCUAGGGUGAAGGCGCGAGCAAGGGCGAGGGAGCGGACGAGAGAGAAAAUGUGCAUUAAGCAGCUCAACGAAACACGAAAUGCGACGAGCUACUGCGAUUUGAUGAACAACAACCCUUUGAAUAACAAUAAUAAUAAUAAUAGUAGUACUAAUAUCCCAAUUCAGUACAUGAACAACCAGCUCGAGUUCUGCAGAAUAUCAGGAUCGAACAACGGGAAAUUAUGCGGGGCCCGCGAGCAGAUGAUGGUGCAUUAUCCGACGAGUACUAAUUAUCAAGAAUCUGCCGGCGCCGGAGACCUAAUUCAAGAAUCCAUUGUGAUCAAAAGGAAGGUGAAGAACAACAAUAAUAAUAAUAAUCAUCAUCAUCCGCCAUCGAUCUUGGGGUUUCAGCCGAAUCUUAUCCUUUCGAGUUCCAACUACGGCGUCCCGUUUUCCGGUUAUAAUUACAAUAACGCCACCGAUCAAAAUUGGGAUGUUGGUGGAUUUAACUCAUCAGAGAACUUAUCUGCCAUUUUGGAUCACCACAAGUUCAAUAAUAGGUAAAAAAAUAUCCAGCUUGUGAUCUUUCGUCUACAGUUGUUCAACGAAAAUUCGGACAAAAAAGUACGACUGGAGUCGACAUAUAAUUAAGGUGAGACCUUUCUUUGAUCUUGAUCAGCAAUUAUCUGAAACUCCAAAAUUUGUGGCGUAAGUUUAUCCGGGAUCGAUCGAUUUAAUUGCGAAUAUAAUCGAUACCCUCCGAUAUUAUUAAUUGUUUUUUGAUGGUUUUCUGUACUUAAUUUACAUUUUUAUAACUAUGUUGGUUGUAAUAUAUAUAAAUAUAUUUUCAUUCUAUAUAUCCAUGGUUUUGUGGUUUGACUAGGUUUAUACCCCAUGGUCAUUACAUGAACAUGAAAGACAGUACUCACUUUGGACUGAUAUCUAAGCUGUCUUUUUCAUAACAUUA